AUGGAGAGGCUCCGGCGGGACCUCCAGGAGGACGCCCGGGACGGCAAGCGCAGGCUCGAGUCCGAGCUUGAGAAAGGGCACGCCAAGUCCAUGGAUCGGCUGCGGCUGACCCUGAAGGCGGAGGCCGAGAGCCUGGCCGGAGAGACGAAGCGCCUGCGCGAGGACCUGCAGCGCGCGCGGGAGGCUAAGUCUGCCGCCGUUGCCGCCGCUGCUGCCGCUGCGGCUAGCCCGAGAGCUAAAGGUGGUAAGUCGUCAGCAAGAUCGAUCGCUCGGGAUACCCCUGCUGCUGCUGUGCCGGCGCUGCCCGCUGGAUUCUGGAACUCGUUGACCAGCGCCUUUACCCCCCGCGAUCUGCUCGACGGGGUGGCGGUGGGAGUGGGAGACGGCGGCAACGGCGCCGUUCCGCCGCCCGCGCUGCUGGUGCUGGCCGCGGUGCCGCUGUUUUGCUUCCUGAAGCGCUGGCGGAUCCAGAGGCUCGUGGCAGACCAAGAGGGCACCAGCAUCAGCGGCAGCGAUGACGAGGGCCAGACCACCGAUGUCGAGGCCCAGUCGGACAAGGAAGAAGAAGAAGAAGAAGAAGAAGUCGAGGGCGCCUGGCGGGGGAAGGAGGCGGUGGGCGACGAGGAGAAGAAGGCGAAGGGCGACGACGGGGACAGCAGUGCUGCCGAGGAGAGGGAGGAACGCAGGCGGCGGACGGACCAGCUGCGGCGGUCCUUGUCGUCGUCGCCUAUGAAGCUGCGGACCGGAAACCCCCCGGGCUCCAGCCUAAGGCUGAACCUGUCGCCGCGGCCGCAAGGCCCUCAGAUAACGGAACCAGAAGUCUUGGUGAGCCCCUCCGUCGUCAUGUCGAGGAACGCUUCCUCUGGCCGCCGCCAGUCCACCAUGCUGCCGUCCAGCGGUGGCCGCGGCUCCCGGUUCCAGGGCCUGUCUGGCGCGGCCGCGGUGGCGGCCAGGAGGAAGAGCAGCAUGUCUGUGACGGCCGCGGGUGACGGCGCAAGCGCUAUGGGCAAAAGCUGCGGCAUCGACGAGAACGCCGACUCCCCGGCGUCCGUUUCUUCCGGCAGGUCGUCCUCCGACGCAGCGGCGUCUCCGGAGCGCUCAACCCCUUCCGCUAAGGGCGACAGCAAGCAGCAGUCGUACAAGAAGAAGCAGCCGUUGCUUCUCCAUCGCGCCAAGUGGCAGCAGCAGAAUCGUGCCAGCCUGUCCCGCCCGGCGCCCGGCGGCCUUGCCGCCGCCGCCGCCGCCGCCAACGCUCGCGCAUCGGUCGCCGGCGGCGGGGUCGUUAGUGACCGGCGCGGUAGCCAGGCGGGGCUCGCAGGCGCCGCCAGCGGCGGCGAAGGCGAGGCGACUGCAGCAGCGGCGGACGUGGCGGCGGCUGGCGAUGUCGACCGCGCCGCCGCCGCCGGCGCGCGCGCCAUGCGCGGCGCGCUGGAGGGUCUCCGCAGCGAGCGGGACUCCUUGGCGAACGCCUGCGGGCGGCUGGAGGCGGACCGGGAGGCGGCGUCGGUGCAGCUGCGGGAGGGCGGGGAGCUGGUGAAGAGGCUGACGGAGGCCAGGGAGACCCUCGAGGCGGACAAGCGCGCGCUCGCCGAGAGGUGCGAGGCGCUGCAGGGGGAGGUGGACGCGUACGCUAGUAGGAAAGGGGAGGAGGAGACGGCACGGGAGGACGCUGAAAGUGGGUUGCGCGCCCGGGUCGUGGGGCUGGAGAAGAACCUGGAGGAAAAUGCGGAGCUGGUGGCCGGCAAGGAGGCCAAGCUCGUAGAACUCGGGGCUCGGAUCGUGGACCUGGAGCGGUCCCUCGCCGCCAGCAACGCCUCCGCUGCCACGGAGGCUGCCGCUAGCUCCGAAGCCGCGUCGAGGGCGCUCGCCGACAAGGAGGAGGAGGCCGCGCGGCUGCGGGAACGCGUCCGCGACGCCGCCGAGGAGAAGCAGAUCGUCGCAGCGGAGCUCGCGGCCGCAGUCGCGGAGAGGGAGCGUGUGUCGGCUACCAUGUCUUCCCUGCGGCGCCGAGCCGCCGAGCAGGAUAGGGAGGUGGAGCGUCUCACCAUCGAGCUGGAGGAGGCGAGGGAGGAGGCGGCGGCGGCUUCUGGUACGGCCGCUGAGGCUGCUUUGGCUAGCUCCCGUCAGGCGGCGUUGUCGGAGGCGAGGUCGAAGUUGGCAGCUGUCGAAAACGCCUUGUCUCGCUCGGACGAGGAGUUGCAGGAGGCCCAGUCUCAGCUAGGGCGUAUGCAGGCCGAAGGUGUUGAGCAGCAGGCGCUGUUCGAGGCGAAGGUCGCCGAGCUCUCCGCCGCCGCCAGCAAGAUCUCCUUGCUGGAAGACAGCGUCGCCAGGCACCUCGCUCGCCACCAGGAUCUCGAGGACGAGCUGCAGAAACUUCGCGAAGAGACCAAGGCCCUGGAGGCAAGCCGCGACGCGCUGGAAGCGGAGGCCAGUGCCAAGCUGGCCGAGAGGAACAGCGAGCUCGAGGCCUUCAGGGCGCGCACUGCCGACCUGACUGCGAAGCUUGAGAGCACCAAUGCUGGCCGCGAGGAGAUGGAGGUUGAGAGCAAGCGCUUGAAGCGGGAUCUCGAAGCCCGCUGCCGGGAGCUGGAGGCCGAGAACCAGGCCCAGGAGGCCGAGUUCGAGCAGAAACUUUCGGAGAAGGUGGCUGAGCUGAAGGCUAACGCCCUCGACAUGCAGGCGAAAGUCAGGGAGCGAGAGAUGCUGGAAGCGAGGCACGCCGAGAAGCUGCAGGCCCUCGAGGGGGAGAAGGCCUCCAUGCGCGCCGAACUCGAGGACCGGUACGCCUCUUCUUCGGAGGAGCUCCGCGCCCUGUCUACCGAGAAGAGGAAGGCCGACGAGGCUUGCUCCGCGCUGCGCGACCGGGCGAGCGCCCUCGAUGACCGCACGGAGACGAUGGCUGGUGAACUCAAGGCUAUGGCCGACAAGAACGCCUCCUUGACUGCAGGAGCCGAGUCCUCCCGCAAGCUUCUCGCCGCGCGGGGCCAAGAGGUGGCCGACCUCGUCGUCAAGGCCGCUGCGGAGGCCGCCAGCGCCGGCGCCGCCCUGUCGGCGAUGGAAGGUCGUCUCCGGGAGGACAAGCGAGCGGCGAGGGCGGAGAUUUCGGAGAUUGUGAAGGAGGCCGAGCAAGCGGCGUCGACGGCCAGGGAGGCUGAGGAGCGCAGCUCUGAGGAGAUUGGUUCCCUCCGCAGAGAGGCGGCGAGGCUGACAGGAGAGCUGCAGGUGCUCAGUCACGACAUGGCCAGCUCGGAGAGGGAGGCUUCGGACGCCAUGCGGCAGAAGGAGGACGAGCUCGCCGCCGCUCGCAAGGAGAGCUCGCGCUUCGAACAGGAGGCGGAGAAGUACAAGAAGGUCGUCGCCGGCAUGCAGUUUCAGCUCGAUGAGGUGUCUUCAAAGCUCCGGGGGUCGGUGGCGGAGCUGCUCAAGGAGCAGCAGGAGCACAAGGAGGCCAUCGGCAGGAGCGCUCAGGAGGUGGCUCGGGCUGCCAAUUCCCUGAGUUAUCUGGAGAAGGAGGUCUCCGGCCUCGAGGAGAGUCUAGCCGCAAAAACCGCCGAUCUUGAGUCCUUCCGCGAGAAGAAGGAUAGCGCCGACGCCGAGCCCUUGAGGGCGUCCGCCCGAGCCGACGCCCUGGAAGCGCAGCUCCGGUCCUCCGCCAAGGCGCUCGCCGAAGCCCAGGAGGGACUGCAGGUGGAGUCGUCGAAGGUGGUUUGGCUGAUGCGGGACGCCGCCGAGCUGGAGAGUAGGAUGAAGAGCGAGGCGGCGGCGGCGGCGGCGGCACUGGAGGGGGAGGGGGCGGCUCGGUCGGAAGUGGAGUCGAAGCUCAACACCGCGACGGAGGAGCUGGCAUCGACCCGCAGAGACCUCGCUGCCGCCGUCGCUAACGUUGGCGAGGCGGAGACCGCUCUGGCGGAAGCCACCGCGGCGGGAGAGGUGCUCGAAGAGGCGAGAAAGGCGCUGGCCGAGGCUAAGAGCACGGCUGCCGGGCUUGAGGCGGACGGCGAGGAGCUUGGGGACAGGGUGGAGGCCCUGACAAAGCAGCUCGAGGACGCGCAAGAGGCGGCUGGCGUGGCCGAGUCCCGCUGGAAGGAGUCGGAGUCUCGCCUUGCGGCCGCCGAGGGCGAGGCCCUCCGGCGCGCCGGCGAGCUGGCGGCGGCGGCGGAGGCGGCUGGGGCUAAGGCGGCCACCGAGGUUGCGGAGAAGGCGGAGGAGGUGCUCCGGCUGAUCGGUGAGGCGAGGGAGGCGAGGGAGGAGGCGGCCCGGGCCGCGGGGGAGGCGGAGGGGCUGAGCGGGGAGGUGGCGGCGGUGAGGGCGGAGCUGGCGGAGGUCUCCGGGGAGCUUAGGGCUGAGAGGGCUGCUAGGCUUGAGGAGGAGAGGAAGUUCGGCGGAGAGCUAGAGGCGGCACGGGCAGAGGCGAAGGGUUUGCAGGAGAGGGUGGAUGGCCUGGAGGUCACGAGGAAGGGGACGGAGGAAGAGUUGGAGGCCGCGAGGGAGGCGCUGAGAGCUGCGCAGCAAGCCUCGGGCUCGGAGAUGGACCGCCUGAGGGAUGAGCUGCAGUCCAAGACGACGGAGGUGGAAGCUCUCGCGGAGAAGAACGCGGCUGCCUCUGGCGAGUCGGAGAAGGAGUUCAACCGCCUACGGGAGGAAGCGGAGGCGGAACGAUCGCAGGCCGAGCGUGCGCUGUCCGCUAAGGAGGAGGAGACGGCCGCUCUCGAAUCCAGUCUGCGCAAGCUCGAGGCGGAACAAGCCGCUCAGGCGAAGGGGCUCGAGCGCGCUACUUCCCUGAGGGAUGAGGCGGUGGAGAGGGCGAGCGGCCUGGAGGCCGAGCUGGAAGCGGCGUCGUCUCAGAGAGAUGGCGGUCCUUUUAAAAAAAAGUGGCGUCCGAGACCAAGUUUGGAGAGAAGGAAAAAGAGCUCUCGGGCAUCGAAGCAGAGAGGGACACGCUGGGCGAAAAGGUCGAGAUUCUCGCCAAGCAGGUCGAGGACCUGA